UCAGGCUUCUAGCAGGCUCGUGAGCUCGUGCCGCUGGCUGCGCUGAGCUGGUUGAAAUACAUUAAACCUGCCGUUAGCUUUAAGCUACACCCUGUAUUAAGUUGUACAUAGUCUUUACUGAAAUAGGUAGCGAUUGUCGAGUGAAGCCAAAACGCCAAAGAGCAUUUUUGAAGCCGGGUGCGUACAUAAAUAAGGCUAAAGCUUCACAGUUUGAACACAGGCUAACGUUAACUGGCUAAGUGAACCGUCGGGAAGACCCCACCACCCAAAGACUGAAACGGAGAUUAAAGCCAUCAUUUAAUCUAUUCAAGAGGAUAACCAGUGCCACACACACAAAUCCUCUAAACCAGCGACGCCAAUGAACUGACAGGUGGAGUCUAUUUCCAUUCACAAGUGCUCUCUUCAGCACACCCACUACAAAUGCCCAUCAGCUGAUCAGAGAGGAACAGUGCUGGCAAACAGUCUUUUUGUUGGUAAGAACGUGGAUUUGAUCUUAUCAGCAAUACGAGUGCCGGCCUGAAGUGGUGCAUAGCUCACCAUCACCGAUGCAUCAGCAAUGCUUUGACUAAAAAGAAAAAAACACUUCUGUUUUGUUUCUUACGGUGGGAUGUAGUUCAUUCUGGUUGAAAUGAAGGAGAGACAUUUUACGUUUUCAUGUGGAUGGUGAAGGGAAAGGAUCUUCAACUGCUUACUGUUUUGACUGCCAACAACUUCCAUUAAAACUUAACUAAAUAAGCACUUUUUUAAGGUUUGUUUCCAACUUCAGUUUAAUUUGAGUUAAUAAGAAGUGCUUUUGAAGUAAGUCAUAGCCAAGUAGAGAUGUUUAUCCGAAAAUGUUUGUCAGUGGUUGCAAAAGGAGCAAACAUUAUAUAAACAUUGCUUUGCUCCACCUCUUAUUUCAUACUGUAACACCAAAUCUUUCUUGGAAGGUCAACAUGUUUUUAAUGCGCCACUAUUGAUAAGUUAGCUUUUGAGUUUUAUUUGCCUCAUUUAACCUAGCUGGACAUUUUUCAUAAUUUUCCUCCUUUAAUUUUCUUUCUGAACAGUUGCAUUUAGACUUAUGCUUUGAAAUUAAUGACCAAUACAGCUGUGCGACGCUUUACCAUAUUCAAAUGUAAAAUUUGAGCCUUGAGAGUCUACGCCCAAAUUCUAUCUGCAGAAAAUUUACCUGAACUUUUUUUUUUAAGGAGGAUUUUUUAAACUCUUGAAACAAUGCUCAUGUUGUGGACUUUUUAUGUACUGUUGAAAGGACGACGGCUUCUCUCCUAGCCUAUACGUUUGUGCUGUCUCGACACAAACACUCACAAACGGAUAAUUUACUGGGGCGUGCUGCCAUCCUGCCCCCUAGUAAUGCCAAGCGGCAGCAUGAGUGGGGGCGUGUCUGGACCCACGUCCUCGCCCCACCCGACCGUUCCAUCUAGACCUUUCCGGCCGAGCCGUUACGUGCCUGUCUCUGCAGCGACGGCUUUCCUGGUUGGAGCAACCACGCUUUUCUUCUGCUUCACGUGUCCUUGGCUUUCGGAGCAGUUUUCCGUUGCUGUGCCGAUAUACAAUGGCAUUAUGUUUCUUUUUGUGUUGGCCAACUUCUGUAUGGCUACCUUUAUGGAUCCUGGGAUUUUCCCUAGAGCUGAGGAGGAUGAAGAUAAAGAGGACGAUUUUCGAGCUCCUCUCUAUAAGACGGUGGAGAUCCGAGGCAUUCAGGUGCGGAUGAAGUGGUGCUCCACCUGCCGUUUCUACAGACCGCCGCGCUGCUCACACUGCUCUGUGUGCGACAACUGUGUGGAGGAUUUUGAUCAUCACUGCCCGUGGGUUAAUAACUGUAUCGGCCGGAGGAAUUACCGUUACUUCUUUCUGUUCCUGCUGUCUCUGACAGCUCACAUCAUGGGCGUGUUCGGCUUUGGCCUGCUUUAUAUUCUCUACCACACGCAUCAGCUGGACAGAGUUCAUUCAGCUGUCACUAUGGCCGUCAUGUGUGUCGCUGGGCUUUUCUUCAUCCCAGUCGCAGGCCUCACCGGUUUUCAUGUCGUCCUGGUGGCAAGAGGCAGGACCACCAAUGAGCAGGUGACAGGAAAGUUCAGGGGGGGCGUAAACCCGUUCACGAACGGCUGCUUGAGGAACGUCUCGCAUGUUCUGUGCAGCUCACAGGCACCCAGGUAUCUGGGUAGAAAGAGGAAGACUCAGACUGUGUCUGUUCAGCCUCCUUUCCUCCGGCCACAGCUCACUGAAGCCCAGCUUGCCGCCAAAGUACUCGAUAAUGGAAUACAAGGAGAUCUACACCGGUCCAAGAGCAGUCUGGAGAUGAUGGAGAGUCAGUCUGCCGAUGCCGAGCCUCCUCCUCCACCUAAACCAGAGCUCAGAUAUCCUGGGCUGUCACGAGGACCUGCCGGACACUCUGAGGAGAGUGCUCUGUUAAAUAAAGCUCCGCCCACCCCCACCAUGUUCAAGUACAGGCCCACCUACAGCAGCCCGGGCAAGAACCACACCGCCCUUACACAUGCCUAUGCCAAUCAGAUGAGUCGUGGGGACAGUCUUAAAGAGUCCUCUUCCUCCCUCCUCCAGUCCAGUCAGCAAGCAGGCUAUCGCUCUGAGCCCAGCCUGGAUGGACGAGAGGGGGGAGUAGCGGAGCGAAGCGGGACGGAGCGAACGGGAGGGCCACCUGGAGGACCUCCAGGCUCAGGGAUGCCAGGUUACUCUCUCGGAGGGCGCUCGUAUCCCUCCUUUUCUGAUCCUACGGUUCUCGCCGGCGUCGCCUCGCGGUCCUCCAGUGUCCGCUCUUCCCACAACGCCCCGCCAUCUGAGGCCACCACUUCCACCAGCUACAAGAGCUUAGCCAAUCAGACGCCACCGCAGGUUCCUCGCAAUGGCAGUCUGUCAUACGACAGUCUGCUUACACCUUCCGAAAGUCCAGAUUUCGAAUCUGCAGCGCCAGAAAUGUCACCCGGCCGACCACGCACGCCAGUCGGAUACAGUUCGCCCUUCCUGUCGGCACAGAUCGCUCAGCAACGGGAAGCGGAGCUCCACCAGCCCUCCGCCCUCAUCACGUCUCCGCAGCGGCCAGGGUACCAUCGCGGCUCCACCUCCACCUCCUCUCCUCCACCUCCGCCCCAACGCGAGCGGGAACGGCUGCUGCACGACUCGCAACCACACCAUCAUCACCACCACCAUCAUCACCAUCGGCCGCCCCGCUUCUCUCGACCUCCCCUGCUUUCCGAUCCGGGCCAUUCUCAGCCUUCAUAUGCUUACCGCACCCGCUCUACUGACGUGCCCCUGCCGCCCACAUCCCAUCCCCCACGCUCACCACAUGCCCCACCACUGGGCAAGUCUCUAUCUUACUCGAGCGCUGCAGCUGCAGAGAUGCAGUACCGCCUGGUCCGCAAAGCCUCGGCCUCGGCCGGGGGAGGGGGCAUACAGGCGCCAAAGGACGAGAUUCAGAUGAAGUCGUAUAGUCGGACAAACGGGCAGCCGAAAUCAUCUCUUCCUCAAUCUCCUACAUCCCCCACUCAUCCCGCCACUGUCUCCACUCGUCCGGGUCAGGCCUAUUCCAGCGCUGGCUCUUCUCAGAGCCCCGCCAACAAGCCUGGAGGUGGGGUGAAGAAGGUGACCGGUGUCGGAGGGACCACUUAUGAGAUAUCUGUGUGAGAGACAAGCAGCUGCUUUGUUCGGUCGAGAAUAAAGCCAUAGACUCGCAAAUUUUGGCUGCUUUGCAGAGUAAAAUAUGUAGUGGACAUUUGUGGCCACAGUUAAGAUUUAAAAGAAAAUUUCCUCAAAGCAUUUCAGACCUCGAAAAGGAAAUCAAACAGGUUUGGUCAUGGAGGAGGAGGAGGAGGGGGUGUUGACAUAGCGUGACCAGUCCUAUACGAGACUCCUUAUACGCACGGAGCUGUAACGCAUAAGGCAAAGGGACAGGAUUACCUUCGUAACUUUUCAGUACAGCGCAAAAAAGAUUUCUAUUCAACAUAAAUGUGUAAAUUGUUCUGUAUAGAGAGAAAAAAAAAUGUAUCAUCAUUUUUCACAAAGUGGAAUUUGAUUUUUUUUUUAAGGGGACCUGUGACAUGCAGUAGCCAUUUCAGACCACUGUGAUUGGCAUGCGACAAUUUUGCGUCUGUGUCCAAUCAGCACCAGGAAAGCAAAACAGUAGAAACGUUCAAGAAAUGGCCUUUUGCAUUAUUUAAAUGACAGCAGCCUUUUCAACAAUGUUUUCAGAGCAGUGGCCUUGGUAAUCAAGGAUGAAACGUUUUUAUUUAAUUUUUAAAAUGUUGUUUUAUAUGAAUUUAUAAAUGGUUGAUAAGAUCAAAAUGUUUUUUUUUUUCUAUAACUGCUCACAAGAUUUAUUCUCUAUGGACAUUUAUCCAUAGUCAUGUAGUGGGAUGAAGGACUGCUGGCUGCUCCGUCCAAAGAGGAGGCUGGGAAACUGAUGAGGUCAGCCAAAAAUCACAGUCAUGCACAAAGGGUUACUUGUAGCAUAAAAUGCAUUUGACACGGGUGCCCAAACUGUGGGAGGUUUUUCAGAGGUUAUCCUGUAAACAUUGAUUGUCUGCCUCUUAGGUAUGUUUCUUAUUUUACGAAUAUGUGAGAGGCAAAUCUUCCCGGUGGCCUUUAAUAGCCAUCCAAGCUGGAUUCAAAGCUUGCUGCUCAAUGUCACACAACGUUGGGUUUCUAUAUCAAUGCUCUCUGAUCGGAUGGCAGUUAUCUGUCAUUGUGAAUUCGUGAAAAGCCUUUCAUUUUAAAAUAUUUUAAGUUGUACUCAUGUUAAAAAAAAUUGCAAGACUCAUUUCAAUCAUCGUCUGUCUUUUCAGGUGUAUUGAUGAACAUUUAGAUCAGGGCUGGCCAGUCUUGUAACGGGGGGAUUUGAUGGCCAAUACAAAUGCCAUCGGUAUACCCUUUCAGAAUGAUUAUAGGAAUAUUUAGGAUCAAAAGAUGAGGGAGGAAAAGAUAAGAAAGUGUACUGUAUAGUUCGGUGUGAGUGAACAUGGUUGUGGAAAUGUGUAUGCGUGAAUGUGUGUGGUUGAGCAUUGGUAAUAAACACUUUAUAAAUCA